CACAUGUCCGCCUGUCAUUUUAGUAUGACGUUGGAGGUCGGCACGGCCAAUCCAUCCAUCCCCUCCCCCAUCUGCAGGCAACUUGGACGUGGAACCCACUUUGGGAUCAAUUGGUUCUCCAAAGGCGACCAGCCCUUUCUGGUUAUGCGUGUUUGGGUUGGGCUCCGGGUUUCUUCUGUUACUGCGCUCUCGUCACUAAUGUGCCUAGAUAUCGCGGCCUUCUUCUCAUGACAACCAGUUUUGAUUGCUCAACUAACGCGGCGGCCGAAUAAGCCUCCCGACGGUUUUAUGGUCUGAUCGGGACCGGGGCCUGCCCUCAGCCUUCGCUUCUGGCUCCUGGGCAAACCCCCCUUCCGCCCUCCCAAAUUACAAUCCGAAUCCGACUUUAUCGAUCAACUGCCACCGUUCGACAUGUCCACCGCCUCGGCUCGAUCAUGGAAACCGUCCAGGCGCCUCAAGAGCAUACAAGAUGGCGAACGCCGAGCCCGAGCCAGCUCGCGAGCUAGCCAAGGGCCUCUACCGCCGAACGAGGUUUACAGUUAUGCAUUGCGUGUCGCAUACCUGAACUAUCUGCUGCAGCCAAAAAAGAAACGUAAAGAAUAUGUCAAGGUUUCAAGGCCACAGUCCAGAAUACACGCCUCGGGCGUUGGUGACCUGAUCAGAGAGUUUACAGGCACGUCAAGCUCUGGCAAUGUCAAACUGCCGCACAGCUUCCGCCAAUCUCUCGAGAAGAGGAUGGAGGGCGUUCUCACCGGCUCGGAGCGCAUGCCUGGCUACAGCGAUGCUGCUGUGAAGCGAACCUUUGGUGAAGCUUACACGGCCUUCACCGCUCAGGACUUCCGCAGGUCUGUAGACAAAGACCGCAAGCUCGAACCUCUUAUCCUCAUCUUUUACAGCUCUGCCAACAGAGCACAGGCGCGCGCUACAGCUCCAGAAGAUCAAUCCUGGCGCGUCUUGGUCGAUAGGCAUCUAUCUCUUUUUGUGCGGCUUGUCGUAGCCGUCCUCCGCGAUCACGGCAGUGAUCGGGACAGGCCCGAGCUGAUGAAUCGCCUGGCCACCCUGGAGAAAAAGCUGAUAACUAACGAUAAGGACCUGUAUCUUGAUACUGGUCAGGAUGCGCAGCACAAGACCAUUGAGGUUGAGAUUCCCCUAACGCAUGAUGUCAAAGAUAUGCCCAUGGUGCAAUUCGUUGCAAAUGUGUUUGCACGAGAUUUAGCGACGGUUCAGGCGGAUAUCAAUUCAAACCGCCCGCUCUGGACCGCCGAGAGCGGUGUAAGGGACUUCAAGGCAUAUCAACAGAGGAUGAAUGCCAGCAUGAACGGAGCCCUACGGCGGCAGGACUUUGAUGUCGAUGACGCCUACGAAGAAUGGAAGAAGGCCGAAGGCAAGCUCUUGGCAGCUAUGAUAAGCGAUGUUAUCAAUGCCAGGCCAGAUCUCGCAGGAUCAGCUUCAACUAGUGCCGAUAAGCCUCUGCCAACCCGACCACAAUCAUACUACAACGAAGACCAAGCCUUUGCAGAUCUUGGAAGGCUGGUAACAAGCCCCGACUCUGCAUCGGCUCCGUUCAGUUUUGACGGCUCUCCCAGUCUUGGCUCACUUUCCCUGGACGACGCGUCCAGCAUACGCAGUGUGGAUGAGCCUAGUUACACAUUCAUCCCACCAGACCCUCGAUACUGCUACAAGCAAGUUCUGCAGCUGACGACGCUUCACGACCUCCUCCACCCAGACCCUUCUGCCCCAUGCUCUCUGCUCUCUGCACAGUCGGAGACAUUUCUCGCUGAAUUGGCGCUGCGAUGGAGACUGCCGCAGCAGACGCGACACAUUACUUUCUUGGAGGUCGUGGGCCAGCAUUAUCUGGAACAACAGUUGUCCAUCGAAGAAUUGUCUAUGGCGUUCGAUUUUGCUAAGGAAGUUACCCCUGAGGUGAAAAAACCGCCUCACAUCAUGUUCUACACUGAUCCUCUACCACGCAUACCAAGAAGUCAAUGGAGCCUCCCGGACACUUCUGCAUAUCGUACACUGCUUCACAAUCUGAAUGAUGCCCUCCUACGGGACAUGCUUGAACUUCUUUCCAAAUGUUUCGAAGCCAAGCCGCCCUCGUUUGCCAAGCCGCUCAUGUUCAUCAUGAACAAUAUCCAGAGUGACGAAGCGUUUUCGCAGCGGCAGGAAGAUGCAGAUGAAUACGCCGAAGCUCUUUCAGCUGCUCUUCGCAAAAAUGCUGCUGCUGUUUACCGCUCGUAUCUGGAUGCAGAGCUGCCAGAGAGCCAGGAAGAUUGGAACUUUAGCCAUGUGGUAAAGCUCGGUCAAAGCGUUGUUGCUCUUUGCGAAAGGGUCCAAAAGAAGUUUAGGAAGCAUCCUGUGAUACUCGGAGCGUCUCCUUUUGGUGUCCUGGUUGAGACCAUGUUCCCUACGUUUGAGGAAGAUGCAAAGGCCAUAGUCGAACGGAUCCUCGCGGUGCACAAUGAGCGGAAAGAGGAGGUGCACGUGCAGGAUGGGUUCGACCUUUACAAGGAAUUGGUGGAGAUCAGAAAGAUUCAUGUUCAGGCUCUGCCAUCAAAGCCCUUCUUCUUCUCGGUCGAGGAUUUGCUCCAAGGCUUCGUGUGGAGGUGGAUCCAAUCCGCAGAGGAGCGGUUGCAGGAAUUUGUCGAGCAAGCUAUCAAGCAGGACCAGUUCCAAGUGAAGACUCGGAACCCAGACGGCGUUGCUUCCGACAACGAACGCCACAGCGUGUCUAUCUUGGACAUUUUUGCCAUGUUCAACCAGACAGUUGAUCAAGUGUUCCAGUUGGGAUGGGACGACGAUGUGCACCACGCACGUUUCAUGACGGCACUCGCAAAAGGAUUUGCGGCCGGCAUCGGACGCUACUGUGAGAUAGUCGAUCAAAAGUUUUCAAGAGAAAUGGAUCGCCCUUCGGCGCAGGAUGCAGCGGCAGCUGCCUCCAAGACGACUCAAGAAAGGUUCAUGCAGUACGCCAAGGAUGCAUUGAGCACAAAAGAGAAGGCUGAGCCAUUCCAAUUCUAUCCCGAGUCUUUUGUCAAAUUAAACAAUAUUGAAUAUGCCAUGCAGGCUCUAGACAAGCUUGAGAAGUUGGUUAAUGCCGAUGGCUGCGCAGAUGUGCUACUCAAGGCGGAUGGUCCCAUCAAAAUGUUCCAAAAGACUUCCAGGUACACGUUCACCAUCAAAAUCGUAGAGGCCGAGGACCUGAAAGCCUGUGACCCCACGGGGACAAGCGACCCGUAUGUGGUGCUAUGCGACGAGUAUCAGAAGCGACUGGCCAAAACCAGGAUCGUCAUGAGAAACCUGAACCCGCGCUGGGACGAGUCGGUCGAUAUCGAUGUUCAGGGCCCACUGAACCUCAUCGCCACCAUUUGGGACUAUGAUACCUUUGGUGACCAUGACUUUGUGGGGCGUACAUCAUUGAAGCUUGAUCCCAAGCACUUUUCCGACUAUUUGCCUCGCGAAUUCUGGCUCGAUCUUGAUACGCAAGGGAGACUGCUGAUAAGGGUUAGUAUGGAGGGCGAGCGCGACGACAUCCAAUUCUACUUUGCCAAGGCUUUCAGACAUCUGAAGAGGACUGAGCGAGACAUGGUCCGGAAGGUCACAGACAAGCUCGUAACCCAUAUCAAUUCCUCCCUCUCUCACGACGCACUCAAAUCACUGCUCAACCGUGGCAUUGCAUCGUCAGUCGCAUCGCUGUGGCAAAAGCGAACAGCGAGACUGCCACCUCUUACACAAGCCGACAUUGAGAACGCCCUAAAGCCAUUGUUUGACUACUUCAACGACAACUUUGCUGUCAUGAAGCAGACCCUGACGGACGCAACCAUGCUUGCGGUCAUGACACGAUUGUGGAAGGAAGUGUUAAUGGCCAUAGAAAACCUCUUGGUGCCGCCGUUAUCGGACAAACCAUCAAGCCAGAAACCACUGACGCAAACCGAGCUUGACGUUGUCUACAAGUGGCUGGAACUCUUGUUUGAGUUCUUCAACGCAGCAGACGAGCAUGGUGUGGCUAUGGGUGUGCCAGCUGAGAUACUCAAGUCGCCUAAGUGGCACGAGCUGGCAUCGCUCAACUUCUUCUAUUUUGAAGAUACGGCCGCACUGAUCAGAACCUCAGAGGGUAUCGCAAAGGCAACAGCGCAACGCGCACAGCAGCAACUCCACAGCGCCAACAACCCUAACAGAAUGUCGGCACCUGCAUCGCUAACAGCAGCAGCGGCUGGGCCAGCGGCAGGGCCUGCUUUCGCAAGCAUGGGGACUAUACGGCGGGGGAAGAGCAUCAUGAUGAGCCGCAAUUUGGGCACGAUGCGCAAGGCCAAGGAGGAGAAGCGAAAGGAGGCGCAGGCAGACCCAUCGGACGAUAUGAUCCUCCGUAUCCUACGCAUGAGGCCUGAGGCGGCGCAGUACCUCAAGGAAAGGCAUCGGCAAAAGGAGCGACUGAUGGCGCACGCUGCAGCCGCUGCUAUUGUGCAAAAGAGCGUGCACCAAGGGUGGAAUGGAGGACCUGCGUUCGGCGGAGCACAGUACAACAGAAACAACCUGCCUCGACGAUAAUGGCUUAUGUGUGCAGAGAGCUGAGUUGCAAGGAUGGUAUGGUUGUUUUCGUGCGGGUGAGCUUGUGGGCCAGCUUAACAAGUACAGCGAACAGCACGGAUAUGGAUAUACAAUACAUAAUUUAAAAUUUUGCGGGAAAUGGAACGGCUUGGGGUUUCUUGAAGUUCAGACACAGCUUGAAAUGUGGUUAGAUACAGCACGAUACCCUUUGGAAAAAAAAGACAUAGUGAGAAAGCGCAAGUUUCAUGUCCUUGGCCGAAAAAAAAAUCUUGUAUAGAAAUGA